AUGGGCAACAAGAAAAAGGCCCCAUGUGAGGGCUCUGGCGAGACUUUGCCCGCUCUGUCUGCCACUGACUUCCGAGCCUACAAUCGCCUGUCAGAGCAAAUGGAUGCUUUUCAUAAUCACUUCCGUAUGACAUGGAACCAGCUAUAUGAUGCCUGCACGAGUACUGGAAAACGGCCCGGUGGUCUUUCGGCCCGUCAAAUGAUCAUGAUGGGUCUCCAGUUCUGCUCCCAGCUUGACUUCCACCACUCUAUUGAGGAACAGCACAUCUUUCCCGUGCUGGCCAAAAAGAUGCCCGAGUUCCGGAAAGAACUUGAGCUCCUGACGCAGCACAAGCAGAUUCAUGCUGGUUUGGAAAAACUCGAGGCCUAUCUCGAAAAGUGUCGAUCCGGCGAGGAAGAUAUGCGCCGUGAAGAGAUCACGCGGCUGAUGGACAAAUUUGGAAAAGUGCUCUGGCAGCAUUUGGACCAGGAGGUCCAGACUCUCCGUGCGGAUAACAUGCGCCAAUACUGGUCCGUGGAGGAGAUGCGCCGCCUUCCCAUGUGA